AUGUCUCUCCAAAAGCGCGUGCGAGUCGAUGUACCACGGGCGGAAGACAUUUUAGCCCUCACUACCGACACUCCAGGCUUCUUCAGUCUGCCUCAGGAGCUCCGCGAUAUGGUCUAUGUCGAACUGUGGCAAGACCAUGGCAUUGUCGCCGUCACGCAAAGGUCCUCUGAGCCCAGAACUGAUGCAGACUUGGACGACGCAGCCAAGGGCGUGGAGACUAUGCGCGGCAUGUCUGUACACGCUGGCAAGUCGACCCCCGGACCCUUGCCCAAGUGGCUACUACUCAGCAAGACGUUCUUGCACGAAUCCAUGGCUGCAUUCAACACGAAGAGCCACUGGGUGCUGGAUUGCAAGCAUCUACAUGCAUCGCGGUCCGCUGACACCCUCCCUAUGCUACUGAGCGAGGCAAAGUCGAUAUCGCUCACCAAGAUGACAUUCUCCCCGCUGCCACGUCCCUCCAUGCAACACUGGCAUAAGCCAAUGCCUGUCACCAUCCAGCUACACAAAGCUGAGGCUGAAGGGCUGGAGAGACUCGCUGACUGCCUCCACCAACAGAACCAAAUCAAGAGACUUGUCAUCCCUCUUGAGGUUCCACACGCUGACGUCCUCCCCGUAAGAUCAGCGGAGCCUAGGAUUGACCUCUCGCAUCUGGAGGGACUGCUCCGCGUCCUCGUGGAGUUGGAGUGCUUGGAAUUGGAGCUGCUAGACUCCAAGCUGAUUCGCAACAGCGUCCGAUAUGGCAAGCUGUUCGAACAAGAGCUAUUUGACGAGAUAAUGGAGAUGGUGAAGAGUGUAUGGGGGGAUUAUAGCAUAGAGAAAGUAGCGGGAGGUGUUGAGGAGCGUAGGACGUUGACAGCGACGAGGUACAAGCCGUGUAAGCUGAUUUUCACGAGAAAUGUUAGAUGA